AUGCAAGACGGUAGCCCCAACGGCCCAUCACCCCAAGAUGACCAUGUAACAACUAUACCUGAUUCCGCGCCUCGCAACGGGUCUGUCGAUGAAGAAUCAUUGAGUCCUGUCCCCGAUGAAUUGAUUACCGCCGAGCCGAACGACGCGCAAGCUGCCCCCCAAGCCGACGAACCUCCAUCCAAGAAGCGAAGACUCGCGGAAUCCUCCUCAUCGCAGCGAUCGACUCCCCGACCGCCGUCGCCGCCUUGGAAGAAGGCUGGCUAUGAGGGCCCCACUUCCUUCCUGUCUGAAGGCAAGCGCAGGUCUUCGCGAACCAACACGGUUCCCAUCGAACUACAAUCUCCUUCGGACAAAAGAAACACACGCGGCGCGCAAAACAAGAGUAUCGGAAAGUCUGCUCGGGAUGGAAACAAACCGGUCACAUCUUCCCCGUUAUCGGUCACGCAGUCACGCGCCGACGCCAACGGAAAGCUAGGUGGAAAAUCGGCUGCCAAUGGAUCUCCCCGUGCGCCCCCAUCCCGCGCCGCGACUAGCAAACUGCAGCGCGUCUCGCAGACACCGGCUUCUAAACCAAGUGAUUCGCGCGCGAGAUCGCGCAGUUCCGCCACCCUUUCCCGUCCCUCCGCCAAUGCCAAUGGCACUACCUCCCGCCCGCUACGCGAUCGCCAAUCCCACUCGAACCUACCAACAAAUAUCAAAGAUGAUCCUGAAGAUGCCAAAGUGGACGGCGAGGGCCCCGAAUCGGGUCUGGUCAAAGUUCCCAGGUUACGCCUCAAGAUGAAAAAACCUGUUCUCCCGAUUCGACACCCUGGCCAUAUACCGUUAAGGAAACAUGCAUCUUUCCGAGACUGGGUACAUCACGAUGAUCGCGCGAACAUACUAUCAGAGGAGGAAGCCAUAGCAGAGGCGCAGAAACGAAAUGAGGUCAUGGCUGCGGCGGAGCCCGGUGGUCCUUUGAGCUCGGAAGUCUGCUCGGCAUAUAUAACUGACCAGCAAGAGGAACCUCCCCCACAAUACUCGCAUCAAGAUCAUCUGGUUGCGCACGCGCUCUACUUCCAAAAGCUGCUCGAUAAAGAACACAAGCGACAUCGACAAACUGCCAAGCUAUUUGCACAAUGGUGCGCCGAUGCCUAUCGCAAACGCCACAAAGACCCCGAAGAUAUUCUUCGCGAACAGAAGGAGGAACUGCGAGGGAAGCGCAAGCAGUUGUCCAAGGAUCUUCAGAAGAUGUUCGACUUGGCCCGCGCUGAGAUCGACCGGGCUCGUCUAGCUCGCUGGGAGGAGGAGCGGAAGGUGGAAGACCAAAAGGCCCUCGAUCGUGCAAUCACGAAGUCCACAAUGCUCUUCGAGAAGCGCCGAGCCGAGAUCCUGGGCGAGGUGCCAAGUGACACGCAAGGGACAAGCGACGACGAGCACGAAUCUGGCUCUGAAUCUGGCUCGGGCGACGAAGAUGAGAGCAACAUGUCAGAUUCUGAAUCCGGCACUGAUGAUGAGACUAAUGUGGAUGACGAUGCUAAACUGACCGAGGAAGAGCUUCGCUUGAAGUACGCCAACCUACCCACCGAAGACUACACCGACAGGAUGUCCGUAGCCUCGGCAACUACUGCAAUGACGAACCCCGACGAAGCUAUAGACUCUGAAGCUGCAGACCAUGCCACGCCCAACGAUAACCAACUGGAUGAUGUGGACUCUGUUCUGAUGGAUGAUAGCGAUGCAUCUACAGACAUGGAUGAUGACAUGGGUGAUAGCGAAGAGGAGGAAGAAGAAGAAGGCUCAAGUGAAGAUGAAGAUUCAGACGACGAAGGUGAAGACAGAGGUGGUCUGAUGGGUUUCUUCUCCAAGAAGGAGAUCUCUGUACCGAAGGACAGCGAAGGCGAUGAAAGUGCCCAGGCUGGCCCUGAACAUGAUGAAAAUGUCAAGUCGGCAUCAGAAGCGGAAGACGAGGCCGAAUUCGAAGACCCGGACGAAGUUUCCCUUGUUCCAAUCGCCCCAACUGCCAGCGAGGGUACCUCGUUAGAGGGCACGCCUUUGGAAGUUGCCGAAAAUUCUGGGGCUUCCCCUGAUACAGGCGCAGACACAUCGGCCGUUGAGACACCCGCUGCCGACACUCCGAUGGAGGAUGCCCGUGUCGAGGCACAGUCAACGGACGGAAACGACGAACCCGAUCAAAUUACAGAUGAGCCCCAGUCAAUGGACCUGGAUCAGACCGAAGAGAUCCAACCAACUGGAGGAGUUUCUAGCGACGUCUCCCCGGGCACUGUUGCAACCAAACCAUCCGAGCCGGAAUCAAUCUCUUCACUGGAGCCUGCCAUCGAAAAGGCCUUACAAACGAGCCACUCGCCCGCACCUGGUUUGCAAACACCUGUUCCGCAUCUCUUGCGCGGUACGCUACGUGAGUAUCAGCACUAUGGAUUAGAUUGGCUUGCUGGUCUUUACAACAACCACAUCAACGGUAUCCUGGCGGAUGAAAUGGGUCUCGGCAAAACCAUUCAAACCAUUGCCCUUCUCGCCCACCUUGCUGUGGAUCAUGGUAUCUGGGGCCCCCAUCUUGUAGUCGUUCCCACCAGUGUCAUGCUCAAUUGGGAAAUGGAGUUCAAAAAAUGGUGUCCAGGCUUCAAGAUCAUGACAUACUACGGCAACCAAGAAGAACGCAAACAGAAACGUCGAGGCUGGACAGACGACAACGCAUGGAAUGUGUUGAUUACAUCAUAUCAACUUGUGUUGCAGGAUCAGCAGUCCCUGAAGCGAAGAAACUGGCAGUAUAUGAUCCUCGACGAAGCGCACAACAUCAAGAACUUCCGCUCGCAGAGAUGGCAGGCACUUCUCACCUUCAAGUCCCGUGCUCGACUACUCCUGACGGGUACGCCUCUCCAGAACAACCUCACUGAACUGUGGUCUCUUCUGUUCUUCCUGAUGCCCUCGGACGGUCAAAGCGGAGGCGUCGAAGGGUUUGCCGAUCUAAAGGAUUUCUCCGAGUGGUUCAGGCGCCCCGUUGAACAAAUCCUAGAGCAUGGCCGAGACACGAUGGACGAGGAGGCCAAGGGUGUGAUCACCAAACUCCACACCGUGCUUCGUCCAUAUCUCCUUCGUCGACUCAAGGCCGAUGUCGAGAAGCAGAUGCCCGGAAAAUACGAACAUGUCGUUUACUGCAGACUUUCAAAGCGACAACGAUUCCUCUACGAUGGGUUCAUGUCAAUGGCCCAGACCAAGGAGACGCUUGCGUCUGGAAACUUCCUCUCCAUCAUCCACUGUCUCAUGCAACUCCGAAAGGUCUGCAACCAUCCUGACCUGUUUGAAACCCGUCCGAUCUCCACAUCCUUUGCCAUGCCGCGCUCUGUUCCAAUGGACUUCAACGUCAAGGAAUCUCUUGUCCGGCGAAGACUACUAUUUGAGCAUCCCCUCACCAAGAUCGAUUUGGAUUUCCUCAACCUUGCACCGGUGUCAAGAGAAGAUAUCUCACGUCGAUUAGCCGAUGACAGCAUUAGACUCAUGGCAAUUGGCCCAUUCAAAAAACUGCGAGAACGUCAGUACAACCGAACCAACUGGGAAAUGGGCUUUGACGGAUCCAACAUGACCACAAUUUUGGAAUCUUUGGAGAAUGCCUGCCGAAAGCGACGCAUGGCGGAAUUGGAACGUUGUCUCUACUUUGAAACCAAGCGUCACGGUCGUCGGCCUGUCUACGGAAGCAGUCUGAUCGAGUUCAUCAGAGCUGGAACCAAGGAGCACGCACUGUCCAACGCACCUUUACGGAAGCGCUCAAUGGCCGACUGGCUGUCAAGUCGGUCGGCGGUCCUUGCAUCAAUGAUUUUGACGAUCGAGGAACGAGGUCUUGAAAUGGACGGCUACGUUCAGAGAUUCGCCUGCGUUACCCCUUCUGGACCAGCCAUACGACCCCUUCCACCAGGCACGCAUGCGCCUUUCCAUCGCCUUCCCUGA